AUGCGCUGCCGCACCGCGGUACUCCUCCUCCUCCUGGUGCUAUCGCUCCUGCUGCUCUCCUCAGUCGACGGCAAACGAGUCUCGCGGUCGGCGCCAACCACCCCAACCACCUCCGUCAAGCGAGCCACCACCACCACCACCACCACCACCACCACCAAUGGGAACCGCUUCUGGGGGCUCGUCAAGCGGGCAAGGAGCGAAGCAGAGCUCCAGGAGAUCCGUCUCCAGGAUCUGGAAUGCCGCCGCGUCCACGAAUUCAAAGACAAGUGCACGUUUGUGCGCGAGAACUGCCGCGACGAGGAGGUGGGCUUCUUCGACUACCUCGAGUUCUACUACUGCACGCUGGGACAUGUCCCGGCGGUGCCGUUCGCAAUCAUGGGUGCCUGGCUGAUCAUGCUGUUCACUACAAUUGGUAUCGCCGCAUCUGACUUUUUCUGCAUCAAUCUCUCGACAAUCGCAAACAUCCUCGGCAUGUCCGAGUCCAUGGCGGGCGUCACCUUCCUGGCCUUCGGCAACGGGUCGCCCGACGUCUUCUCGACCUUUGCCGCCAUGAAGAUCAACUCUGGCUCGCUGGCCGUCGGGGAGCUCAUCGGUGCUGCGUCCUUCAUUGCUGCGGUGGUGGCGGGCUCAAUGGCGAUUGUGCAUCCGUUCAAGGUCGGCAAGAAGAGCUUCGUCAGGGACGUGUCGUUCUUCAUCGUCGCGGUUCUGUUCGGGAUCUUCUUCCUUGCCGACGGAAAGAUCCAGAUGUGGGAGUGCGCGGUCAUGGUGGUGUUCUACCUGUUCUAUGUCUGCUUCGUUGUGGCGUGGCACUGGGUAUCGCAGAGCAGGAAGAAGAAGAGACGAUUGGAGCGGAAUGUCAGGGAGCAUUAUACGGCCCCUGAAGAGGAAGAAAACCUGCUUGUUGACGAUGACGAUGAGGAUGGCGGUGUCGGGAGAGAGACUGACGGCCUUCUGGCCUCGUCUCAUGACUUUAGUGCCCUUGAGCGCGGCACCGUGGAUGAUGAUGAAGACGACGCCGAGGAACAGGAGCAGGCGGCAUAUGCCUCCUUCAGCAACAACAUGAGAAUCCAGCGGCCCCGAAUGGAGCGCUCGAUGACUCCCGCGACGCCACACAACAUCAGGCCCUCUUUGGUUGGUGCUCUCGAGUUCCGCGCUGUUCUGCACCAUCUCGAGAAGAACAAGAACCUUGCAGGGAGACCGAUACAUCUACGCAGCAUCCCCCACCGCGAUAACAACGGCCGUCUGCGCGCCGUCUCUGUCAACGAUGCCUUACAACCCCACAUUGACUGGGGCGCCUACCAGUCUGGCCAGAUGCCUCCACUCCCCGACGUGACAGUUUCCAGCCCCAUGAGCCCGCGACCAAACCUCUUCGUCGAGACAACGCCGUCACUGUCCCUCCGCACAGCCUCCCCGGACCUCCUUGCGCUCCCAAAUGCCAACGAAGGCCGCCCAAACUCUGCCCGCCUCUCGCCGACAUCUUCAGAGCCAACAUCACCCUUCAUGUCCGCCAGCUCCCCCACUCUUCUCGUCCCGCCCUCCCCCAGCAGCGAGAUAAGCUCGCCCCGGCACUUCGGCUCUCCGCGCGGCUCCUCCUCCCGCGGCUCCUCCCCGCCCGCGUCAAUCCGCCUCCCACCCCCCAGCCUCGACUCCAUGUCGCUCGGCGGCCUCUCCGGCACGCCCACGGCCCAAUGGCGCCACAUCUCCUGGUGGCCCUACAAGCGCCUCCCGCCCCCGCAGAUCCUCGCCGCAACCCUCUUCCCCACGCUGCGCGGCUUCCUCGAAAAAUCACUCACAGAGAAGCUCCUCGCCGUGAUCGCCAUGGUCCCCGUCUUCCUGCUAACAAUCACCCUCCCCGUCGUCGAGGCCGACGCCGACGCCGACAGCGCCUCCGAGUCCAAACCAACCGACACGCCCAUCGUCGUCCUCGACGCCCCAGAGUCCCCAUCCGACACACACCACAGCGACCACAACCACGACGCCCCCAUAGGCCCCAAAACGUGGAACCGCUGGCUCGUCGCCACGCAGUGCCUCACGGCACCGGUCUUCCUGGUCGUCAUGUUCGCGUGGGACGACGACCCGGACACAUCGCUCACAAAGCCCAUCCUCUGGGCGCUCAUCGCCGGCCUCGUCUCCCUCGGCGUGCUGCUGACAUUCACGACCCCCGCGCACGCCCCGCGCUCGCGCUACCUCCUCUGCUUCGCGGGCUUCGCCGUCUCGAUCGGCUGGAUCAGCGCCAUCGCCAACGAGGUUGUCGGCGUGCUCAAGGCCUUUGGCGUCGUGCUGGGCAUCUCCGACGCCAUCCUGGGGCUGACCAUCUUCGCCGUGGGUAACUCGCUGGGUGAUCUCGUUGCGGAUAUCACUGUUGCGAGACUGGGCUUUCCGGUCAUGGCGCUGUCGGCGUGCUUUGGGGGGCCGAUGCUGAAUAUACUGUUGGGCGUGGGGCUGUCGGGGUUGUGGAUUACGGCUGGGAGGGAGGGGCAUGAGGCGUAUAAGAUUGAGGUGGCGAGGUCGCUGGUGGUUAGUGCGGCGACGUUGCUGCUGACGCUGGUGGUGCUGCUGGUGGCCGUGCCGGCGAAUGGGUGGUGGAUGAGUAGGGGCAUUGGGUGGUGCUUGAUUGGGCUGUGGGUGGUGAGCACGGCGGUGAAUGUGGCGGGGGAGGUGGGGGGGUGGUGGACGUAG